UGACACGCACACACUCUCCCCGUUUCUCACAUACGGAGGAGAGAAGGACACAGAGGGAGACAAGAGUGGAGAGACACGGAGCAGAGGGGAAAGCGCACGGAGAGAUCAGCGGAGAAAUGCCCGCUGGACGGAUGGAUUUUAUUCUCCCUGAGCUGUACGAGCCUUUGUAAGACAACAUGGGCUGCAUUGGAUCCCGGACGAUCACAGCAGACGCGGUGCCGGUACGGAAAGAUGGGGAUCAGCAUGGCCGUACCGAGUUUUCCUGGGAAGGAAUCAAUUUGUCUAUGGAGGAUACUACUUCUAUUCUGCCUCGACUCAAGAGGAAGUCCGCCGACGCCUACGGGAUUGGUGCCCUGGCUAAGUCCUCUCUGACAGGUGUGUCAGGUGUGACACGGUCAAUGAAGGACAAAGUGACCAAGCCCACUGCCAUGGCCCAGGGUCGGGUUGCCCACAUGAUCGAGUGGCAGAGCUGGGGCAAACCGUCGGCGGGGCCGUGCGGGGUCACAGGGCGUGCCAACCUGCAGCGGGAAAAGGAGAGGAGGAUGGAAAACGAUGCUUACAGCGACCUCAGUGAUGGCGAGAAGGAGGCUCGCUUUGCAGCAGGUAUUAUGCAGCAGUUUGCAAUCUCUGAGGCGACUCUGUUUGGCUGGAACUCGAUGGAUGGAGACAGCAUGGGAGCUGGCUCGAACCAGGGCAGCGUCGCUCACCUGAGCGAGGUCAACCAGGAGAGUAUUACCAGCAGAGACCAGGUGCUCCAUCACUCCUCUGCAGAUGUCUGGCCUCACACCUACGUCUCACAGGGCCUGUACUGCCUGUCUUCCUCUGAUGCUUGGGACCCAAUCACCAGCCAGCCCUCAGGCGUGGUUUCACCUGCCGCAGGCUCCUACAUCAUGGCUGCCGGUGGUGGUAGUGGAGCAGGAGGUACCCCUGGAGAUGGGUAUGGGGGCACGGUUGGCAGUUACCUUCAGCAGCACCAGGCUCAACUUUCACUGCAGCAACAAAGUCAACUUCAGCAUCUACAACAGCUUCAUCACUACCAGCAGCAACAGUUCCUGCAGUACCAACAACAACAGUCUUUGGAGCACAGGCUACACAGUGGUUCCCCUUCCCUCCAAGCCACUCCUAACAGCACCAUCCACAGCCUCGGUCCUCCCACUCACCCCCGGCUAGCGGACCUGUGGGGGGCUGCACAGGUAGAGGCCCAUCAGGUGGAGAUCGUUGGUCAGCUGAGUGGACAGAUGCUUGACAUGGUUGGAGGGGUUGUAGAGACGGUCGGGGAGGAACCAGAACCUGAAUCUGAAGGGUUCCUGGAGCAACAUGAAGAGGAAGAAGAACUGACAAGGGUAGAGGAGAUAACGCUGACCUUAGAGCCAGAGCCAUGCUCUUUAACACCAUCCCCGCUGAGGGAGGAAGCCCCAACGACAAGAGGUUCAAGCCCAGGAACACCAGCGCAGCCUGCAGAGCCCAUUCCAGAGAGGAUACCUUUCGAUGUCACCCCUUGCGUCGUCCAAUCGCUCGAAGAGAAAGACGAGGAAGUGGAGGAGGGCUCCAUUGUCGUCGUUGCAACAAACUGAGUCACACGGCCACAAAAAGACUAAGACUUCAAUAAUUAAUCAAGCUACUACCCCAUCUCUUCCUUCCUUCUCCCAAAUAUUUACCUUUCUAAACCUGAGUAAACGCUACUUCAGCUGGAAAUGUUGGAUGUAAUGUAUACAAACUAGAUGCCAUCAACCCCCAGCCUCCCAAGUUUAGCAUCAAAAAAGUGGACCUUAACAAGACUAUGAACAAGUAAUAUUAAAGGUCGGGAGGGACAAGAAAUCUUACACUGCUGGAACACAAGAACUGAAGAUAUAAUGAAUUACUAAUGUUUGGACCAACCGGACUGACGAGCCAGGACAGAAAACCAAAUAGGGGAUAAAAGGAUGGAUGCAAAACUCCCCAAAACAGAGAGACAAAACUGAGAGAUGGAUAAAAGGGCAAAUAAAAAUAAAAAAAAACCAAACAUCUGUGCAAUACAAUAAUUAUGGAUACAAAAAUGGGUUGUUAAAUAAUUCAGAGUGCUUGGUUCCUGUUUCUUGGAGCAACAGAAGUCUCAGAGAGACUGUUGGAGAGCUGUUUGGUUUGCUAAUUGAUGCAUUUGGGUUGGACUGCAUUCCUGCUUAAUGCAAAGUGGAGACUCAAACCUCAGAGCAAUUUGGGGCGUGCACUUUGAGUUAUUUGCAAACACACCAUCUGACCACAACCAAAAAAUGCAUGCUUUUUAACAGUGACCUAGCCCUAACAGUAUAACGCAGUAUAAAAGUAAUAAUAUAACAAAUUGUUUUUUUACAAUAAAAGGGAAAAAAAACAAUAAACUGAUAUGUAUCUGUAUGAAUGUAAGACUGUAUGUAUGUGUGUAUGAAUGUAGCUGCUUUGUGUGUAAAAUAUAUAUUCUGGGAAACAAACUCAUAUCAGCGCUGGUUAUUUUAAGCAUUUCAAUGUAUUUUAGAUUUAUAUAAUCUAAUAUUUCAGUUAGGUUAUAUGGUAUCUAAGCUUCAGAGUAAAGCGGUAAUAACAGCUUCAUAUCAGACUAAGGAAAAACAACAGGGAUUUGUUUGUAUCAGUAAAGUAUUUCUUAACAGCCAACUACUUUUACUAUAAAAUAAUCGCACACUGAAAAGUGACAAAAUUUUAAUAGUAAUGCUAGUGCUGAAUAUUAUGAUGUAAAUAUUGAUCACAACCUUUCUCUGGACUGGUUACUUUCAUUAUGACAUCCUCUCCAUUCCUUUGGGGCAUAGCAUCUUGGCUACUAAAAGUGCACACAUGUGUCAUAUUCACAUUGCAAGGAUAACUGCAAUAUGAUAAACUGCAACUCUAAAAUCUAUCAAACCUUAUAGUAUUCAGUAGUGAUACUGUAAACAAAAGGAUCAUUUAUUUUCUGACCAAUUACAUAUUUUACCAUCUUCACCAAUCAUCUCUGUUUGUAGAGAUAAUGCAAAAUCUAUGUUUUUUUUUUUGGUUUUGUCUGCUUUCUGAUUAAUUUCUGAGGAGUAAAAUUAAUAAUAAAGCAGAUCCAUAUUAGCGCCACAGAAAAAAUCUGAAACUGUCCCACUCAGCACAUUUGCCUCAUUUAUUAACCUAAAUAUUUUCUUGCUUUGUGAAAGCAGUAAAAUCCUUGUCUGGUUGAUAAUUUUGAAUGCUUUAGCUUUGCAAAAUCCAUAUAGGUUCAGGCUAGAAUAUUUACUUAAAAAUGGUUCCUGGAUUUCUUUACAUAUGACAGAAUUUACUUUAAAAGUAUGGAUCCAUGAACUUUAACAUAUAGUGAAGAAAAAGCCAGAGCAACAUGUGGCUUUCAUUUUAUCCUUACUCUCCAGUGAUCAAGACCUUGAAGCCCCUAAUUGCUCUUAUAAUCAUCCACCGUCUUCUUGUCCUCAUGUUUCUCUGAGAUCUUAUCCUGUGAGCUGCUCUAAAGCUCAAAUACAGAAGUGACACUUAGAUAAUGAUAUGGAAAUAGGGAAUAUAAAAUGGUAAAAUUCACCAACUCAUUUCCAAUAAAGUGAAAAAUAAAAAGACUUGUAAUAAGGAGAGAUCUGGUAUGUGGCACUUAUAGUGACUCAGUCAUAAAUUGAAGAGCCUAGACAACCAUUAGAAGCGUCCACAGAAAGAAAUAUAUAUUUUAAAAUGUCAUUAAAAAGGCCACUUAAUGAAUAUGGGAGGAAAUCCAUUAAUUCACAUUGUGCUUAUAUAAUUUUACUUUAGACUUUGUGGGGAUUAUGGUGAUGCAGUAACUUGUCUAACAUUUAUUUUUGUUUUUCUGCAAUAAACAUUUUGAACUUGAA